UCCACUAAACUUUUUGAGUUCCCAAAGUUUGUGGAUAUACCUUUUCCUUUCCUUUUUCCUAUUAAUAAAUGGCUCCUUCCAUUUACAUAGAGUCCAAAACAAACAUGAAUCCAGAAACAGAAAACAAGAACAAGGCCAUAGUGAAAAAUCUUUACAAGGCAUUAGCAUGUACAUGUGGUGACUCUAAAAAAUUCACCGGUCUUAUUGCUGAUGACUUAGAAUGGUGGUUUCAUGGACCACAAAAUUGUCACUAUAUGAUGAAACUUCUCACUGGAGAACUAUCUAAUAAGCAUUCUUUCAAGUUUGAGCCAAAAAGUGUAGAUGCUAUUGAUGAUCGUGUGAUUGUUGAAGGAUGGGAAGGGGCAAAAGCUUAUUGGGUACAUGUUUGGACAUUUAAAGAUGGUGUUAUUACGCAGUUUAGGGAGUAUUUCAAUACUUGGCUAACUGUGACUGAGUUGAGGCCUAUGGGUAGGGUACGCUCCACCACACUGUGGCAGAGCCACCCUCGAGACCUCGCGAAACGCUCACUGCCGGGGCUUAUGCUAGCAAUUUGAUAGUGGUGAACGAAUGUCAUGUAGGGAAAAGAAAGCAAGGUGUGUUUGCCUUUUUCGUUACCUAAGUGUGAAAAAAUGUUAAUGAAAGAAGUUUGGUUACAUAUCCAACGGACAAUUUGAUGAAAUAUUGUACUCCCUCUGUCCCAUUCAUUUGGCUUGAUACAUUAUAUAAGAAAAAGAAAGAAAAACUUCCGAAA